CCGAUUCAUCAUCAUCAUUAUCAUCAUCAUUAUCAUCAGCCCCGUCCCCGCCAGUGCAGAAAUUCCCCAUGCGAAAGUCGUCGAUGACAUAAUAACAAAGACGGGAAAGCGCGACAUGACGACAUCGUUUCCAUCGACUACAACAUACACCUAUCCCAUCUUCACCGAAACAGCAUACACACCAACAGCAUACUACGACGCAGCGCCAUUCGAGCCACACAUAUACCAGCAAGCAUUGGCCCUGUUGCAACGCGCCCACACCGGCACACCAUACCACGAGGGCAACGUCUCGACGAACUCUACUACAGAGCCUACACCUUCCCACCCUCCCGCCGUGCAGGCCCCGUCUGCAUCGCUUCUGCCCCAACAGAUCGCCUCGACUGGCCUGAGGUACGACUCGGCCCCAGCUGUCGCCACUGUGGAUUGGCAGGCACAGCAGAUGUACGCGGCGCCGUACAACAAUAGUAGCGUGGGAGGCCUGGCUGCAAAUUAUCCGCAAGGCAUAAAGAGGUCGAGGAGUCAUCAACGCACACCGUCCGCCUCGACGAUAGCAUCAGCAGGGCCCGCCUCACCGUACAUGCAGACUGCAUCGUAUCCGCAUAUAGCAAACACGGAUCGCCUACCAGAGUCACCGGCCCACAUCGCUGACCAAGCGCUGUACCCCAAGACCUUCUCCACGCCCGCGCAGGACACGCCGACGUUCAGUUUUGGCACCGAAGGGUAUACGCCAAGUGCGGCGGCGCACAUGUCCAGCGCGCACCUUGCUAUGAAAAACUUUGGCUUCGAAUACCACAACGAAGACUUUUCCGACUUUGCACCAUCACGACAAUCCAUGUCCAGCUACGGUAACGACUCACCGGCCACGCCUCAAUCUGGCGCUGGCGAUGUCGAUACGAAGACUUGUAAUGCGUCGCAGCAGAAUGCAGAUUACAGCCGACCGAACCCAAAUGUGCAGCUGUUCCGUACGGAAUCAGCAGCAUACCAAGACGAGCUUUACAACCCAAACCAGGUAUACGCCUCCGCGGCGCCCAAAUUACAACCACAGCAACAGCAAAGCUCGUUUCUCUCACCUCACCGAAACCUGAUCAGCGAAAGAUUGCAGACUGCAAACCUAGCACGGUCAACAUCGCCCGCCACGGACGCGUCAAGGGAUCGCUCGCCCUUUCGACACGGUUCUCCGCUGGCACCGACGAAGGACUGGAAACCACAAGUUGGUGAUGGCCGCGUCGGAACCGCAGCAAGUAUGCGUCAGCAACAAAAGGACGCGUCUGCGGAAGCAGAGUAUGCACGAAAUCGUGCACCACUUCGAAGAGAACCGACCAAGACCAUCUCUCCAAAGGACGCAUUGCUGGACUACAAUGAGAACGACCAGGCUCCAUUGUUCCAAGACAGCAUACCAGGGGGCUACAAACAGCAUCUGAGUGGCACCGAGCAGUGGCCGUCGAGCACGUACAUGGGCGCGCCCAACGUGAAUUUUGCCACGGGGCAACAAAAUAUGAGUUUUAGGACCGCCACCUCAGCUGAUACGAACCUGUCGGGUGUCGGCUUUGACUUCACCGCUCUGCCACCAAAUAAUGGUCAGGUGUCUAAUGUGCCCUUCCAAGCCAACUAUCAGGCUGCCAUUGCUGCACAGAUGAACAGUCACGGCGAGACAACACCUGACUUCCCUGCUGGUCUUCCAUCAAUGGAGACGUCCAUCAGCGACGCUGGCUUUCCGCAAUCAUCUCAAGAGAGCACAAACAAUGGCGCCGCGGCUACUUCAGUACCCCAACGACCUAGUGACACCCGGGCUAACACUGGCGCCUACACAUGUACGUACCAUGGGUGCACACAACGGUUCGGCUCUCACGGCGACCUGCAAAAGCACAAGCGCGAUUACCAUCGGUCACAGCAGAAGAACCAUGAGAGCACUUCACCUCCUUCAGCCGCUGAAGAUUCAUCGUCGCCAAGAUCAACGGCAUCGCCUGCGCCUUCAUCCAGUGGUAUGACAUCCGCAGCACUUCUUGCCAGGAACUCGCAAGCUGGACCACACAAGUGUACUCGGGUCAAUCCAUCCACAGGCAAACCGUGUAACACGAUCUUCUCGAGGCCGUAUGACUUGACUCGUCACGAGGAUACGAUACACAACGGGCGCAAGCAAAAGGUUCGCUGUCCCAUGUGUCGCGAAGAGAAAACGUUCUCCAGGAAUGACGCUCUCACACGGCAUAUGCGAGUGGUGCAUCCCGAGGUGGAGAGCUUUGGCAAGCGUUCCAAGCGUGGCGAUUGAGCUCAUCAUGCUGAUGCCCACCCAUUACAUAAGCACUGCGUUGAUCUGAUGGAUCUUACACUAUCUAGCAUUCAUUGCUCAUCACCCAAUGUGGCCCUUCCUUUCGGACUUUCGGGACCAGCAGACUUAAUGAGCAGCGCCUUGGGAGGCGAGAAAGAGGGAGAGAGAGAGAGAGAGAGAGAGAGAGAGAGAGAGAGAGAGAGAGAGAGAGAGAGAGA